CCAGGACUCAACACACUGGAGCCAGAGUGUGUUACAGCACACAGCGGGGAGCUGCACUUCUGCACACCUUUGAGCAGCAGUAUGAUGCAGGCAGGAGUCUAUCUGAGACAGGACACUGAGACAACACUACCAGAGCUCACUGAGCAGCACAGGAUCAAACAGAAAGAAGAAAAACUCAGUGGACUGCAGUCUGUCCACAUGGCAGAGUCAGAGACAGAGUGUGCUGCACCUGGACUCAACACACUGGAGUGUGUUACCGCACACAGUGGGGUCAGUGAUGUACACCACACACACACAUCACUGAUUAAAACAGAAACUGAUCUGGGCACCGCCUACAUUGGGGAUCUUAUUAAGACAGAGAGCCUUGACAGUACAGAGCUGGGAUAUGUAGCCCAUCUGCAUCCUGACCAAAUCAAAACAGAGGCUGAUAAUGGAGGAUACCUUAAGGCAGAACACAACAGUGACUUGCACAUUCAAUAUGUUAAUAUUAAAUCAGAUCAAAUGAAGUAUGAAUCUAGUGAAUGUUUGGUGAGUGAUGUCAUGAAUACUGUGAUGAAUGGAGCUGCUGUUGGUCACAAAGACCAGACUGAAUCAGGGCAAUGUGCAGGAGAGCCAAACCAAAACUGUAAAAAAGAAGAAAUUCAUGAUCAGCCGACUGAUUGUGGGAACAUAAAUAAUCACUGUGGCAUAAAUAAUGAAAACAGUCCGACCAAAACUUUCCAGAAAAGAGCAAAUGGUAAGAAAGAACAAAUACACUGUGAGAAAGUGCGUGUGAUAAGGGAACCUACGAUAAUUCAUUCAAGUAAAAACCUAAGCCUUUUGAAUUUAAUUCAGAACAAGACAAUUCAUAGAAAUAAAGGGGAGAUUCAUACUGUUGAAAAGCCAUACAAGUGUAAACAGUGUGAGAAGUCUUUUAAUUCAAAAUAUUAUUUAAAGUACCACCAGAGAAUUCAUACUGGUGAAGAGCCGUACAAGUGUACACAGUGUGAGAAGUCUUUUAGAUUAAAACAUUUUUUAGAUGCACACUUCAAAAUUCAUACAGGCGAAGAGCCGUACAAAUGUACACAGUGUGAGAAGUCUUUUAAUUCAAAAUAUUUCUUAGAUGCACACUUCAAAAUUCACACAGGUGAAGAUCCGUACAAAUGUAAGCAGUGUGGGAAGUCUUUUAAUUCAAAACAUUAUUUAGGUAUACACUUUAGAAGCCAUACCGGUGAAAGACCAUACAACUGUACAUGGUGUGAGAAGUGUUUUAUUACAAAAUCUGCUUUAAAUGUGCACCUGAAAAUUCAUUCAGGCAAAAAACCAUACAAGUGUGCACACUGUGAGAAGUCUUUUCAUAGAAAAUAUGAUUUGGGUAUACACCUGACAAUUCAUACAGGUGAAAAACCAUACCAGUGCACGAAGUGUGGUAGAAAAUAUUCAACAAGAUCUCAUUUGGAAUCACACCUACUAACUCAUACAGGUGAAAAACCUUACAUGUGUCAUGAUUGUGGAGCGUGCUUUUACACACGACAUGUUUUGAAUGUCCACCAGAGAAAAAUUCAUACAGGUGAAAGGCCCUACAAGUGUGCUGUGUGUGGGAAGUGCUUUCCCAUGUUAUCACAAUUAAGUAGCCACCAGAAAAUUCAUGCAGUUGAAAAGCCCAACAAAUGUACUCUGUGUGGUAAGUGUUUUCGUAGAAUACAUGAUUUAAAAACCCACCAGAGAAUUCAUACAGGUGAAAAGCCAUACAAGUGUACACAGUGUGGGAAGUGUUUUUCCAAAACAUCUAGUUUAAGUGGCCACCAGAGAAUCCAUACAGGUGAAAAACCACACAAAUGUGCACAGUGUGAGAAAUGUUUUUAUAGAAAAGGUGAUUUAGAUGUGCACGUGAGAACUCAUACAGGUGAAAAACCCCACAAAUGUAGCCAGUGUGGGAAGUGCUUUUCCAGGGUAGCACAAUUAAAUAGACACCUGAGGAUUCACACAGGUGAAAAGCCCUUCAAAUGUUCUUAGUGUGGGAGUUUCUUUUCCUUGAUAUUACAAUUAAAUAUCCAGCAGAGAAUUCUCAGCCAGAGAAUUCACACAGGUGAAAACCCAAACAAGGGUACACAGUGUGGGAAGUGCUUUUGCACAAUAUCAUAUUUAAAUAUCAUAACAGAAUUCAUUCAGGUGAAAAGUUUUUUUGUAUGUAUUUAGUUUUUGAUAAAAUUAUCUAUUUUAAGAACGUUCCGAAAGUAAAUACAAGUGGAAAGACUGACAAAUUCUCAUUAUGAAUUAUUUGAUGAAAACAUACUUUGUGAUUGUGGCUAUUUUGUGUAUGAAGUGUUUUCAGUAUUCAUCCAGUUUAAAAGAACACCUGAUAUUUUUACAUGUCAUUACAUGCAUUAGUGGAAGAUUUGUCAGUUUUUUUAUGAAGUCAAAUUUGUUAAAUGUUCACCAAAAAUACUUUUGCAAGAAAAAAGAAUCUACAAUUUUACCCAUCUGGUUUAAAGUGACAGCAGAAAAAGCAUAGUCAUAAGGACAAUGGUUCUUCUACGGUUUGUGUGUGUGUGACUGUGUGCACCAAUGUAAUUACCAGGACAAUGGAUGUCCGAAAACGACAUCACUGUUUCCCGUUCUGGUGUCCUGCUGUGCUGUGCUGUGCACUGUGCUUUUCCUUGCUGAUUGAAUUUUGGUUGACAGGCAGUUGGAUGAACAACGUCUUGACUGAGACAAACUGACCAUUUUAUUCUUUUCAUAGAUAAAAUAUUUUCCUUUGUAGUUUGAAGUUUGUUCAUUUGUGAUGUAAUUAUGGAAUUUGUAUGAAAGAAAUUAUGUGAAAACUGUGAUAUACUGUAGAAAGAAUAAUCUGUAUCGUGUAUUGCAAACUUGUUUUCUGAGAAUUAAUUUGACGGGACUGGCCUUUUCAGUUCUUUUACUGCCAAUGUAGAGGCUGUUAUGUGUUUUUUACAAAAGCUUUAGAUUUAGAUUUUAGGCAGUAUUUUAUAUCUGAGAUAUCAGUUGAAGUUCUUUUUUUCUAUCUUUAUUUUUCAAUGUCUGAAUUGUGUAUGAAAUAUUUUUUCAUUGUGUGUGCUCAUACCAAGGCCUUUGUGCCUGUAAACUUCUGUAUAAACUUCUGUAUAAAUAAUGUCCUUUGCUUUGUCAUUGAUUUCUCCUUUACUACCCUGUUUGUAAAUGUAGUUCUAAUUCUCGUUGUACAGAGUAACUUGUGACACUAAUUGUGCAACUAAUAAAUUUCACUCAGGGUGUA